GAAAAAUGGCCCGGUGUCGCCCUCUACAUGAUGAAACAAAGCUAGUGCACUUCCAGUUGCCUACCCCCAUGCAAAUAUAAAUAUAACCAACAAAACCAAGGCUGCCUUGAAACAAGAACUAUGGAAUGUUCAAGCAAUUUUUAACAAUCAGCUAUUGCCAAUUUGAUGAGUGCUUUCCUUUUUAAUUGGGAAAAGUUCCCUAAUCGGCGUCGUCGUAAUGAUAAGUCAAGGACACAAUUUCAUCAUUAGUUAUUCGCACUGACCUCGCAAUGGAAUCAUCAUGGAUCGGCUCUGAUGUCGAUUUAUCCACAUUACACAAGUGUCGACAGGCCGAUAAAUUGCAGUACAGACUGUCCUGCCUACAUAACAACAAUAAGAAGUACAGCAAUGGCCUUUGUGAUGUUACCGAAAAGGAGAGUUUCGAGGAGGACGAGGACUACUUCAGUCGAAGACGACGGGUCGGGACUUGGCCGCGUACAAGAUCAUUAAAUGCACCCUCGCCCGUACAGCAGUUUGGACCAUGUGGCCGAAUAAUGAAAAAUUCUACCAUGGUCAUGACCAUUCAAGAUCCAGCUAGUCAAAGGUUGACAUGGUACAAACCACCACUAACCGUCCUAGUGAUCAAAAAGGUGAAAGAUCUGUCUGUUUAUUCGCCAUUCGUUCAACUCGUCGAAUGGCUGAUAGAGGAAAAGCACAUGGUAGUAUUUGUGGAAGCGGCCGUCAUCGACGAUACCCAUCUCGAUCAGUUUCCCAGUUUUAGCAACGUGAAAGACAAACUGAUGACGUUUCGAGAUGGCAAGGACGAUCUCACCGACAAAAUAGACUUCAUUAUUUGCAUGGGCGGCGACGGUACCUUACUGUACGCGAGCCUUCUGUUUCAACAGUCGGUGCCGCCGAUUAUGGCCUUUCACCUGGGAUCUCUAGGAUUUCUGACGCCGUUCCGUUUUAACAACUUUCAAGAUCAGGUCAACAACGUGCUCGAGGGAAACGCGGCGCUCACCUUGCGCAGCCGUUUGAGGUGUAUAAUUAUUAAGAAAGGGGAGGUAGACGCGUCGGAUAAAAACUCCAAAGAGAAAAAGGGGUCGACUAAUCUUCUGGUUCUGAACGAGGUUGUCGUGGACAGAGGACCGUCACCUUAUCUGUCAAACGUCGAUCUAUUCCUGGACGGAAAGCACAUCACGAGCGUCCAAGGUGACGGUUUAAUAGUUAGCACGCCGACCGGUAGCACUGCGUACGCUGUAGCGGCCGGGGCGUCGAUGAUACAUCCGAGCGUGCCCGCGAUAAUGGUCACGCCAAUUUGUCCACAUUCGCUUAGUUUUAGGCCGAUUGUCGUACCAGCCGGCGUUGAACUUAAGGUGUCUGUAUCGCCCGACAGCCGAAAUACUGCGUGGGUUUCGUUUGAUGGCAGAAAGCGACAAGAGUUGCUGCAUGGCGAUAGUUUACGCGUCACCACAUCAAUAUACCCGGUACCUAGCAUCUGCGCCCAAGAUCAAAUAUCGGAUUGGUUCGACUCGUUGGCCGAAUGUCUGCAUUGGAAUGUCAGAAAACGCCAGAAGCACCUGGACGAACUGACAGAUUUGACACAUUCCAGUUCCAACGACACCCUCGACUCGUUGGAGCAAGCGGAGCUAUUGGAGAAAGACGGUUAAUCGUUAAGAAGAAAGAGAGUGUCUAUUUUUAUUAUUUUUUCGUUGUGAUUUUAUUUGGGUGAUAAAAAAAGGGAGGUGUUUUGUUUUUAUUUUGUAUUGUUGGUCUUUUGACUGUAAAUUUUCGAAGUCUAUCUGGUAACAACGAACUCAAGUACGUACAAUCUCAAGAGGAAAGGGAAGCGAAACGCAAUUUAUAUAUCCACGACAAUAGUUCGUGCCAAUGUUAUUUAUUUAUAGACCAAUUUUUGUACAUGUUCUUUUAUAAAAUAUAGAAACUUUAAAAUG